AGGAUGUGAUGGGGCUUUGUUUCACAUUGUAGGGUUUUGUUUUGUUUUUUUUUUUUUUUUUGUAUUUUCGGUCUUUGGGUAUACACUGCCUUCACAGCAAAGGUCUGUAGCUUUGCUCGUGAAGCUAUGGAGACCACGAACUCGCUGAGAAGAACGAACGCCUUCAUACGCGCCGCCGUAAGAGCAGUAACACUCCCUGCGAGGGUCUGUAGCUUUACUCCUGAGCUGGCGAGGUCAGGAACCCACCAGAAGGAAGAAACUCCGAACAUAUCUGAAUAUCAAAAGGAGCAAACUCUGGGCAUGCUGCUUUUAAGAAGUGUAACAUUCACCGCAAGGGCCCGUGGCUUCAUUCUUGAAGUCAGACCAAGAACCCACGAAUUCCGGGCACACUCUGCCUCCUCGGACCCCACCGUCCUCUGGAAGCUCCCGCAGGGCACCUGCCGCUGUGACCACCUGGACGCAGACGGGUGGCGGAGAAGGAGGCGACUGCGCCAUUUGCGUGUAGACUGUUCUUUUCCAGCCCUUGGUGAAGAAAGAUACCUGCUUUCCCACAACAGCAAGGAAGAACCAUGGCCCAGAUAUUAUGCCAAAGCAGCCAUCUGUGAUUCUGGUUAUUUGGGGAUGCAGAACACUCAGGUCUACAGAGACAGCCUUGUGUGGCGCCAAGUGACCUGGAUGUAACACUGCAUUAUCUAGAGGAACGAAUGAAUGAACUGCGUGUUCUUGAAACGGCCUGCCAUGUCUACCGCCACACCACCCUGAACGUGCCUGAUCUCGUCUGAAAUUGCUUGCCAUAAUGGUUUUUAUUUUUCAAUUAAAAACAAUUUUUUUUGAGAUGGAGCCUGACUCUUUCGUGCAGGCUGGAGUGCAGUGGCACGAUCUUGGCUCACUGCAACUUCCACCUUCCGGGUUCAAGUGAUUCCCCUGCCUCAGCCUCCCGAGUAGCUGGGAAUAUAGGCAUGCACCACCACGCCUGACUAAUUUUUGUAUUUUUAGAAUGGAGUUUCAUCAUAUUAGCCAGGCUGGUCUCGAACUCCUGACCUCAGGUGAUCCACCCACUUGGCUGUUAGCUCUCUCUGCAAGUGAGUGACAUCAGUGUUCUCCAUCAGCCUGGAAGCAUUCUCCUUCUUCCGCUCUUCA